UAUUAUUGUGAAUGAUCCUUUUUCUAAAGAAUACUCUUUUACAUAAUUCAAAACAUAAUUAUUGAAUCUUCAUGCAUAGUGGUUGACAUUUUUAUUAUACUAUUAUCAUCUAAGAAAUAUUGUUGUUAACUUCUUUGUUUUCCAAAUUUCAUUCAGACAAAUAGAGGCAGUUUUCUAUCGCGCUUGCGCUUGUAAAGCAACAAGUCGAAGGGUUAGUUCUAUAGUCCUAAAACAUAAAUAGAAUAAAUGCACUUAGAUCAGUGGUUUAAAGAAACAACCGCAAUCGAUAAUUUGGCAAAAUGUCCGUUAAAAUGCGAAAUGAAAACAAAUAAUUUCCAUCACAAGUUAUAUGGCCUUCCAACCCUCUUUGUCUUAAUCAAAGUAAAAAAUUUUUUAAAAUGUUAUUUUACUUGACUUAGGACAAUCUUUAACAAAAGAAUCAUUCAAAACUUUGACAUCCCUUGAAGUAAGAUCAGUUCGUAUUUAUUUUAUUUAGAUAUUUAAAUAUGCUUUGGCCUCGUCUUAUUGUUAGUAAAAUUAACCCUCUGAACUGAAUAAUUUAACAGAUAUUUAUAGCAUAAAUCUUACUUCAGAAAAAUGAGCGUUUUUGUUACAGUUGGGACUACAGAUUUUGUUGGUCUGGUGGAGUCCAUGUGUUCUGAUGAAAUACAAAGAACUUUACAAAGCCAAGGCUACUCCACAAUUAAUAUACAAGCUGGAAGACAUCAGUGCAAUGUUGAAUCUUGUAUCCUUAAAACUACAGCAUUUGAUUAUAAGGACAGUAUAGUGCCGGAUAUGAUGAAAGCAGAUUUGAUAAUAUCUCAUGCUGGGGCUGGUACUUGUUUAGAGGCUCUUGAGCUUAAGAAGGAUUUGGUCGCUGUUGUUAAUGAUUCAUUAAUGGGGAACCAUCAGGUUGAGUUAGCUGAGAAGCUUGCAAGUGAAGGCUACUGCGACUAUGCUACCCUAUCUAGUCUAAACUCUGUCCUCAGCAAUAUCAAGACUAAGAAGAAGAUUAUAUUCCCCAGACAAGAUGAUUCACUACUUUCAGACUUUCUUAGGCAUAGACUAGAGAUGGAUUAGAUAAUAUAAAUAAAACCUAAUCAACCCUCAUUCCGUGAAAAUCAAUGCCGAGCCCCAUUGAUAAUAAGAACUGAAAUUAUUGUACCUGAUAGAUUGAAAGACGUGAUAUGUAUUAAAUGCAUGAUGAUGGGGAGACAGGGAAAAUAAACUUAUAAACUGAAUGUGGAUUAAACGGAUCAAUUAUACAGAUGAAUAGAAUAGAGAUUGGAUUAACAGAUGGAAUAAUUAGAUGGAUUUUACAGAUAAAUAUUUCAACAGACGGACUAUAGAUUAACAGAGUGCUUAUACAGAUGGGUUUUACAGAUGGACUAUACUGAAUAGAUGUACUAUACAUAAGGAUUAUACAGAUGGAUUAUACAUAUGAAUUAUACAGAUGGAUUUUUAAGAUGGAAUAUACAUAUGGAUUUUACAUAUGGAUUUUACAUAUGGAUUUUACAGAUGGAUUAAACAGAUGGAUUAUACCGAUGGAUUAUACCGAUGGAUUACACAGAUGGAUUACACAGAUGGAUUACACAGAUGGAUUACAUAGAUGGGUUAUACAGAUAGAUUACACAGAUGGAUUAUACAGAUGGAUUAUACAGAUGGAUUACGCAAAUAGAUUACACAGAUAACACAGAUGGAAUACACAGAUGAAUUAAAUGGAUGAUAAAAGAUGGGAAAUAUAUGGAUGGAUUGAAUGGAUGAUAUAUAUGGAUGGAUCAAGUUAUCGUCUUAUUGUCACGUUUCAAAUAAAUUUAUUUUAAUUUC